AUGGGAUCGGACCAUCGCCUCCUCCGAGGAAGAUUUUCUUUCACAAGGAGAGCAGAGAACGCCGCCACGUUCAGAGGGAGAAAUCCCAGAACUGUCAUCAACUGGGAUCUCUUCGCUACGCCAGCCGGCUUUUGGGAAGAUUCCGCAAUGGACAACAUCGACGAGGAAUAUGAACGGCUCGUUGAACACCUUCACGACUGCGCGAAGAAGACUGAGGGUUCUAAAACCACCAAGAGACGCCUGCCUCUUGAAACUCUUGAGCUGAUACGCCAGCGUGGAGCAGCACGAGCCGCAGGGAACCAAGAACUCACGUCCGUGCUCGCAAGGCUUUGCAGAGAGGCGAUAAAGGAAGACCUUAAAGAGAGAAGAGCAGAAGUACUGGCUGAAGCUGCGGAGGCGGGGAAAAACAUCCGCUAUGCCUGUCGAGACUUCGCCAGACGCAAGACAAGGAUGACUGCUCUCCGGAACCCGAAGGGAACAACCAUUGCAUCGAGAAGGGGGAUGGAGAAAAUCAUCUACGACUUCUACUCCGAUCUCUUCGACAGCCAUAGAUACUCCCGUCCGAAAUACGACAUGUCGGUAAGGAAUCGUACGGCACCCGGUCUCGACAGAAUAAGACCAGAACAACUGAAGAACCUUCCAUCAGUACUCAUAAACACCCUGGCAAGGCUCUUUACACGUUACCUGUCGGAAUGCAAGGUUCCUAAACAGUGGAAGACCAGCAAGACCGUGUUGCUGUAUAAAAAGAGAGAUCCACAUGACAUCAGCAACUAUCGUCCAAUCUGCUUACUGUCAGUCAUCUACAAGCUCUUUAUAAGAGUGAUCCUUAAUAGGAUUGAACAAGUCUUGGAUGAAGGACAGCCAUGCGAGCAAGCAGGGUUUCGAAAAGGAUUCAGCACGAUUGACCACAUUCAUACUGUUUCGAAACUCAUCGAGGUAUCACGAGAGUACAAGAUCCCGCUCUGUCUCACCUUUAUCGACUUAAAGAAGGCCUUCGACAGUUGA